AUAAUUAGCAGAUUACAGAUUAACUUCCGUGUCCGUGAACUCAUCGCAGCUUCCGUGUAGUGGUCCACAGCUGCUGACUGACUGCAGCACAAUGACCAUUCCCGAGGAGUUAACCACGCUCAUUUCAGAUCUAGAAUAUUUCCUCAGUGAUGGAUUAAAAGGGGAAAGUCUAAGCAAGAAGGCAAAAGAGAAGAAGGAAGCCUUCAUCAGGAGGAUUAAAGAGGUCAAAUCUGGAUUCCCACAUGAUUUCAAGGACAAAAGUGAUGACUCUGAUGAUGAGGAGGAAGUCGACAGCAACAACGAUGGAGGGUCGCUGCAGUCGGAGCGAACAGACAAGGAUGAAGAGGCCUGCGAAGGUGCUCAGCAGUCUCCACCUGUAGCGGCUCAGGACCUGACGUCUGUCUUUAAAGCAGGAUACCUGGAGAAGCGCAGGAAGGAUCACAGCUUCUUUGGCACUGAGUGGCAGAAGAGAUGGUGCGCUCUGAGCCAUCAGACCUUCUACUACUACGGCAGUGAGAAAGACAAGCAGCAGAAGGGCGAGUUCAGUAUCGAUGGCUACACCGUCAAAAUGAACAGCAGCUUGAGGAAAGACUCGAAGAAAGACUGCUGCUUUGAGAUUUCUGCUCCAGACAAGCGAGUCUAUCAGUUUUGUGCGUCAUCGGCAAAAGAGGCGGAGGAAUGGGUGAAACAGAUAGACUUUGUUCUGAAAGAUAUGUCGGGCAUCAUCCCAGAGGAUGAAGAGGAGGAACAGGAAGUGUACGAUGAUGUUGGAGCGAUAGAAGAUGCAGAUGAUGCGGAGCCGAUUGAUGAAGACAUCUAUGAAGAGCUCCCAGAGGAUGACGUGCCGACUCCAGUAAAACCUCCUCCGAAGGUCGAGCCGGCCAGCAAACCUGCUGCUCCUGCUGCAGUUGAUAAGAGCACAGACUACCCCAACUUCUACCAGGGCCUCUGGGACUGUGCAGGGGACCAGCCAGACGAGCUGUCCUUCAGACGUGGUGAUGCCAUCUACAUCCUGAGCAAGGAGUAUCAGAGUUUUGGCUGGUGGGUCGGAGAGAAGAAUGGAAAUAUAGGAAUCGUCCCCAAAGACUUCCUGAUGGAGCUUUACGUCAUAUAAAUGCUCCCCGUGGCCGUUCCUCCAUAUCCUCCAUAUCCACUGUAAGAGACUGAUGAUCGGAUCAUCUCAUGACUGAAAUACAUUUCAAGGAGUAUUUUUCUGCACUUUGCACUGCUUUUUGUAUUUAUUUCCUUUUUGUG